GCAUAGCAAGCUGUCCCGAGCUACAAAUAUAAAUGAGUCUACUGGUACGGCGUAGGCAUCACUCGUCUCCAUCCUCACGGUCGCAUAGAUGGCUACUACAGCUUCGAGAUCGCGGGUGUUCCUGGACGUGUCUCUGGGUCCAGAACCUAUCGGAAGGAUAGUCAUAGAGCUGUUCAACGACAAAACUCCAAAGACAUGCGAGAACUUCCGAACGAUAUGUACGGGCACUAAACCUCCCUUGACAUACAAAGCUUCACCAUUCCAUCGCGUUAUCGACGAGUUCAUGAUACAAGGUGGUGAUAUCACCAAGGGCGAUGGCACAGGCGGAGAAUCUAUGUACGGAGGAGAGUUCGAGGACGAGAACAUUGGCUGGAGAGACCUCGAUGCUGCGAAUCUAGUCUGCAUGGCCAACCGCGGCAAAGACACCAACAGUAGUCAAUUCUUCAUCACCCUAGUCCCAUGCCCUCACCUGAACGCCAAACACACCGUCUUCGGCCACGUCGUAUCAGGCCAGCAAACCAUCGACCAAAUCUCCAAAGUCAACGUAGACGACAACGACAAGCCGUACACUCCCGUCCUCAUCUCCCACUGCGGCGAGCUCGAACGACGCAAGAAACAAGACCCAAGACCGACCGAACAACCCUCACAUACCACCGAAGAACGCGGCCGCGAGAAGCGCAGACGCACCAGCUCGCCAUCCCGCUCCCCCUCCCCCUCACGAGCUCACAAGAGCCACCACCACCACCGCAAACACAGACACACAUCCUCCCGCUCCAUCACACCCCCAGCAAAGCACGCAAAAGACCGCCGUCGAAGCGACGCUACAAUAGAUCAUAACCUCCGCGGCCGCCCACGCGAACGCUCCGCCGACCGCUCCCGAUCGCCAGCUCGAGACGGGACGAGUCCCGUACAACGCCACCAGCGAAAACGCAGUCCAUCGCCCUCACGUCCACGGUCGCCCAGUGCAGAGCACAGACGGCAACGCAGUCUCCCCAAUCAAUAUAACCGACACGACAGACAGAGCAACUAUGACCGGCAUGGCCGAGGCAGAGACGAGGGCAGAUACAGGCGGCGAGACGAAGAUAUGCCCAGGCAAGAAGAGAGGAGAUGGGGCAGCGGCAGAAACAGAUUCGCAGAUCCAGGUGAUGGUAGGCUAGGAGGAGGAGGAGGAGGAGGCGGAGGAAGUGGUGGUGGUGGUGGAUACGACGACAGGAGAGAUACAGCCGACGGCGACGGCAUCGUAUACAAGGGCCGGGGAAGCAUGAAGUACCGCGAGAAAGGGCGGUGGUAGGCGUAUACGUCCAUGUGUAACUGUAUACAAACAAGCCACGAGCAAGUCACGAGCAAGAAGAGCAUAGGCGUUUCAGGAGUGCGGACGAUGCUCUGUAAGAUGUGACAAGGAGGCGACUCUAAAUCAAUGGUUUUUUUUUCCUUCGAUUUUUACUGAGCUAGGGAUGCCGGAGUCACGAAUCUUCGAUUUGUUGUAAUGGAUUGCACAAUUCUUACCCGUGUGUAAUUAGUCAAUCUAUUGCAAAGUCGUUCACUCUGCUGCGCCUUGAAGUACAAAUAGCCAGGUUACCUGAUCGACCCU